GUUAUGGCAGCCAAUCAGCUUUCAGUACAAAUGAAGAAAGCUGCUCUUGGAGAAGCUUUAACUACAGAGUGAUGAACACAUCUUACCUACAUAUUGAAAGACUACUCCUGUCCUACAAACACUGAGAUGUAUUACUUGAAGAGUUUGCCAAUGAUUCCAUUGUAUGUAUGUUUUGCUGUCAUCACCUGUGGCCUUUCAAACAUUGACAUUCAAUGUGUAGAUGGGAUGAACUACAUUCAGAGUGGGCAAAAUGUUCAUCUGAAUUGUGCUUUUGCAACUUUUAAUGCAAUAACGUCUGCAUGGCUCAAACAGACUCCAGGAGAAAAGCUUCUUCUCAUUGCUUCUGCUUAUCGUUCUACACCAGUUAAAUUUCACAAUAAUUUUGACAAGAACAGCCGCUUUAAUGUAGAAAGAGAAAAAAGCAGUUUUACUCUGAGGAUCUCAAAUGCAGAACCAUCUGAUUCAGCUACAUAUUACUGCAUAGCUGCAGAUUAUUCAGACACUGCAUUACUACACUGUACAGUUUUAGUGCUCAAGGGUUCAUCUUCAAGCGUCUCUGCUGUUCUCCAGCCUCUUGUAUCAGAUCCUGUUGAACUGGGAGGAGAUACAACUUUGCAGUGUUCAAUACUCACAGAUGCGUCUGCAGGAGAUCACAGUGUGUACUGGUUCAGACAUGGAUCAGGAGAAUCUCAUCCAGGAAUCAUUUACACUCAUGGAAACAGGAGUGAUGAGUGUAAGAAAAGCUCUGAGACUGAUUCUCCUACACAGAGCUGCGUCUACAAACUCCCCAAGAGAAACCUCAGCCUCUCUGAUGCUGGAACUUACUACUGUGCUGUGCUCAUGUGUGGAGAGAUACUCUUUGGGAACGGAACUAAACUGGACUUUGCAGAGAACAUUGUUUUGGACCCAACUCUUCUGGUUUUAGCCAUGUCAAACAUCAUAUCUGUGGCUUUGGUUUUGUUUCUUUGCAUAAAAUCACACAACCGUUUUCAUAAAGAAACUGCUGAAAGUCACACAGUUCAAGCAUAUCAGGCUGAAGACACUGACGCUUUGAACUAUGCAGCUCUAAGCUUUGCUCAGUCGUCCUCCUCAAGAAGAAGCAGAAUAAAGAACAGCAGUGAUCAGCCUGUGUACACACAGGUAAACACCCAUCAGUAGAGACAACAUCAGAGUUACAAUCAAACCUGGAAAUCUACCGUCAUCAAAACUAAAUUGUAAAUGUG